AUGAAUAAAUGGUCAAAAUCAUUACCAUCAAUUAAUGUAUUGACUGACGAUACAAAACUCAAUAUUAAACCUAUACGUUUUCGACAAACAAAAGUAUUAUCAUCAAAUAAAACUUUGAUUAAUAAUACAAAAAUCAAUAGUAAACCUAUACGUAUACCACAAUCAAAAAUUUCAACAAAUGAUGAUAGUGAUUCUCUAACAGAUGUAUCACUUAUUAGUCCAACAAAGCCAUCACCUAUAAAUAUUGAUCAAUCACCAAAAUUUUAUAAUAGUUCAUCUACACAAUAUGAUUCUGUUAUAGAAAUUGAUGCAAUGUCACAUAAUGAAUUUGUACCUGUUGAUCAAUUAUAUGAUUCAUUAUUUGCUUAUGCAAAUAGUUUUCAUAUAGAUGAUACAAUUUAUUCAUCACAAGAUGCUGACAGUAACAUGGACUCUCCUUCUACAUUAAAACAACAAUCUGAAUCAACAUCAAAUCAUAUGCUACCAACACAG